AUGUUUAAAGAAUUAAAUGAAAGAAAUAUUUUACCAUUACAUCAAGCUGGUUUUCGAUCACAUAGAAACACUAUGUACAAUAUUAUUCGACUUGAACGAUAUGCUCGAGAACAAUUGCAAAAACGACAACACUCAGCAGUAAUUUUUUUUGAUAUAAAAGCAGCUUUCGAUACCGUAUGGUUUGAUGGAAUAAUUUAUAAGUUAUUUGAUCUACGAUUACCAGAUUAUUUAAUAUGUUAUAUUAUAUCCUUUCUUGAUAAUCGAACUGCUUCAAUAGAAAUAGAAAAUAUUUUAUCAAAAUUAAUUUUAUUAAAGAGUGGAACACCUCAAGGCUCACCAUUAUCACCACUACUAUACAUAAUAUAUACGAGUGAUUCGAUGAACAGCAUUCACCAACAUACCGAAUAUGGAUUAUUUGCUGAUGACGCAGCACUGUGGACAACAUCAAAUACCAUUACAAACCUAAAUUAUCGUCUUCAAUCGUCAAUAAAUGAAUUUCAAAAAUGGUGUAGUUCGUGGAAGUUGACAAUCCAACCCACAAAAACUGAGCUACUGUAUUUUAGCCCUCAUCCACGGAAAAAGUAUAGGAAAAAAUUAGAAAUUGAAGUUGAAGAUAUAAUUAUCAAACCAACUUCUUCAGCAAGAUAUCUGGGCGUUAUAUUUGAUCAUAAACUGGAUUGGAGAACUCAAGUGAAACACGUCGAAACUAAAGUAGCAUCAAGAAUUAGUCUCCUUAGAUUUUUGUCUAAAUUAAAUCCAAAUGCUAAUCUGAAUACUAUGCUUACUUUAUAUAAAUCAUUAGUUCGAUCGGUUAUUUCUUAUGGAUCUACUAUCUUGUUAACAGCUAAAGAAAAUAUAUGGAAACGAUUACAAACAAUACAAAACAAAGCGUUAAAAGCAACACUGGGUUUUCCUAUAUAUACAUCAACCAAAUACGUCCAUAGUGUAAGCAAUAUACAAGAAAUAAAGGCAUAUUCAACAACACUAUUCGAACAAUCAAUUACACGAGCUCGAAUCUAUGACGAUAAAAUAACUGAAAAUAAUCUAUUAAAGAUUCAACUACAUAUUGAACGAAGUGAUAUAUAA